AUGGCGAUACUUGUGAUGGUAGCUGUAGCACAGACUUCCUUUUGGAACUUUAUACCUCUUGCAACUCAGUCCCUGAGUAUUUUGUAUUUUAAUUCAAUUUCAGUCAUAUUGAUUGCAGGAGCUGAUGAAGAAGAAGCUGUGAAGCCAGUGCAACUGCAUUGGCUUUUACUCGAUAGACCUAUUGGCAGAGAACUUAAUGGCCUGCUAACGGGUCGUGUAGAACCGUAUCCUUAA